UAGAAUUUCUCAAGUACCCAAAAAUGUAUCACUGGAUUUUAAUAUUAAAUAUUUAAUUUAAUUUUUAACACUACUGCGUGCUAUUUUGCCUUUUCCAUCGAAACGUUCGACUGGAGCAGUUGAAGCUGGUCUUGGCCGGCUACUCUAAAGGAACCAGGAGUCCGUCUCUUAUUGGCCACCAAUUGUUGCCUACUUUGCAUCUUCAAGGAUUGCAUCCUAGGAUUUUUGAAUAUAAGAGUGAUCAGCACCGGUCUCUGACCACCAGGAUGUCGAAGGAAAACUUGGACUCUGAUGUGGCCGACUUGUCCUCCAGAUUGGCGCAUAUCCUGUCGGACUUGUGCAUUUGCAUAGAGGGCAAGCAGCCGCCGCACGUUCAAGAGGAAACCCUGGCCCGUGUAACCAACUGGGUAAAGCCCAUCUCUGGUAAUUUUUGCAAUCCGAUGUCCUUCACUGAAAACGAAUGUGUCCAAAAGACCAUGAUAAUCCUGAAGGCCAGGGGUCAAGUGGACGGCAAGGAUACAGCGGAGCACUUCUACGAGCUCUACAGGAAGCUGUUGCAGAUGAAGCUUGAUCCCUACGGAAGGCACUUCCUGAUAAGCAACCUGCUCUCGAUGGCCGACAAGCAGACUGCGAACGGAGAAGCCUGCCUCUCCGCUCGAUCGGAUAAUCUCAGUCUGGCCUUGGGCAGUCUUUCAUCCUCCAGCACGACUCUCGCCCCAGGGGUUAGAUCCCAUACAUCAACCAACGGCAGCCCCAAUGGGAAUGGAUUGUCCGGGGAAGGAGCUAAAGGGGGAAGCGGAGGCUUCAGCUACGAUCCCACACAAACCGGCUUCGGAUUGGGCAGCCACACCUUGCCCAACUACAUGGACAACAUAGGAGAGCUCCAGAGCAGCGAUGAAAUAGUGGUGAAUGCUAUAUACUCCUUCACCGGAGUCCAGGGGAAAUUUCUGAAGAAGGACGUGGUUUCGGGAGACUUCAAGCUUGAUCCGCUGCACAUGGGGGCGCUGACCGAGGGGCAGGCGGCCAUGUUGCUCCGGCUCUCCGCACUGGGCUAUUAUCACGACCUCGUGGUCUCGUAUACGGACGUGUCCACUGGCCUUAAUGCUUUGGGCCUCACGGGUCAAGCUCUGAUAUCCAAGCUCAAGGAGGAGCUCACGGACUUCUAUGGCCAGGUGGCCGUCCUACACGACGCAGUGAAUCUGUAUAGGAAGGCCAAAGCUAAUGGCAAUGCAGACUGCGGAGGCGAGCCGGGUGGUGUCGAGGAGUUGACCCUAUUUAAGCUGCUCGCCUGGUACACAAAGCCACUGUACCGCAUGUACUGGCUCCACAAAAUAGCCAAGGACUGCACGAUGAAGAAGGGCGGCCUAUUGGCAUCGACCGUGUACGCCAUGCUGGACAACGGCCACUCGAUGGUCAACAAAUUAGUUGAUGACAUCCUCAUCGCCAUCUGUGGCCCGCUGGUGCGCAUGAUCUCCAAGUGGAUGCUGCAGGGCGACAUUAACGAUCCCCACAACGAAUUCUUUGUCGAGUCCCUCAAUGAAGUGGCUGACGAUCGGCUGUGGCACGACAAAUUCCGGAUACGUCAGCCCAUGGUGCCUAAGUUUUUGUCCACUGAACUGGCCGAUAAGAUUCUCAGGACGGGCAAAUGCAUCAACUUUCUAAGGGAGGUCUGCCAGGUGGAGGGACCGAUAGGGGGGCGCGAGGAACUCAGGACGGUCAUAGAAAGCAAUGUUGCCCACAUCUAUUCGUACGUGCCAGACACCAAGUGGCAUGCGGCUGUGGAAACGUGCUACCAGCAGACCUCCAAACAUGUGCUGGACAUCAUGGUGGGCAGCCACAAGCUGCUGGAUCACCUGCAGGCGAUGCGCCGCUACAUGCUUCUUGGCCAGGGCGACUUCGUCAGCAUUCUCAUCGACAAUAUGAAAGACGAACUUGAGCGCAACGGCUGUGAUAUCUAUGCCAACGACCUCACCUCCAUGUUAGACGCCGCUCUGCGCUUCACGAACGCCCAGUUCGAUGAUCCGGAUAUACUCAACCACCUCGACAUCAUCGUGCAACGUCCGUUCGCCGGGGACAUCGGCUGGGACAUCAUCUCGCUGAAGUACAUCGUCCAUGGACCACUGGCCACCAUGCUGGAGCCCACCAUGCCCACGUACAAGCAGGUCUUCAAGCCCCUCUGGCGCAUGAAGCACAUGGAGUUCGUGCUCACGACGAAGAUCUGGAAGGUGCAGAUGGGCAACGCGAAGGCCCUCCGUCCGAUGCAUGCUGAGAUCGGCAAGGUGUCGCACCGCCUGAACCUCUUCACGUCGGAGAUGAUGCACUUCAUCCACCAGAUACAGUACUAUGUGCUCUUCGAGGUGAUCGAGUGUAACUGGGUGGAGCUGCAGAAGCAGAUCCAGCAGGCGACGGCCCUCGACGACAUCCUGGAUGCCCACGAGAAGUUCCUGCAAACCAUCAAGGUGGGCUGCUUUGUCGACGACGAAACCAACUUGGAACACUUGCUGGAGGCGGUGUAUGACAACAUCAUCGGCUUGGAGACCUGGCAGUCCAAUUUCUACAGGGAGUGCUUCCUGGAGCUGAAAGCCCGUCAGGAGCUGGCAAAGGAGGUGGAGAAGUCGGAGAAGCUGGGUGUCUACGGUCUGACCAACGAGAUGAUGUUGCAGCGCGACGAGGAGAGUAAGAUCUUUGCCCAGAAGCUUGGGACCGCCUGCCACGGCUUGGAAGUGAUAGCAUCUGCCUACGAAAAGGACGUCGGCAGCUUCCUAAUGGCGCUCAAUUCCAGCAAGCAUCCGAAUCUCCAGCUCUUCGGCACACGGCUCGACUUUAACGAGUACUACAAGAAGCGGGACACCAAUCUGAGCAAGCCCCUGACCUUUGAGCACAUGCGCAUGAGCAAUGUGUUUAGCCGCAGGAGCUCCACAAACAGCCGGUUCGUUAUCCAUGUGCCGGCCACCAAGGAAUGGCAGUCGGCUUAACUGCGUCUAAAUUUUGUGAUAUCCAUAACCACCAAAGCAAUCGAUCAAACUAAUCCAACUAAUGACCUAGCUACCUCAAAUGUUUUUUCUUUACUUAAAAAUUUGUUGAAAAGCUGUACCCAGGUACGGAAAGAUUAUACUCGUACCUAGAUAAAAGGUAAACUUUUAUACAAAAUUCUGAUGAAGCAUUAGAGACAAAAUCAUAAACUACUUGUUGGUGAUAUAUUAAUAAAAAAUGAGAGCUUCAACA